AUGUCAGCUGCGACUGUCGUCCCGCCGGAGUAUGGGGCAGGUGUGUCCAGCUUCGUCGAGAACAAACUCUGUAGCGCCGAUACAUUUGCCAACAUCCGAAUCGAAGAGAGCGACAAUACGCCACCCGUCGAGAUCAUCACCGUCGUUGCUUCGCUUGCCAACGUGACGGAGCCACGCUUCGCAUUCAAUGCUUGGCCCAUUAAUGAUCCAGCCACCACAGAGGUCUGCAACGUGACCAUCACCUACACCCACCCCGGCUGGGACGACACCAUCAACAACUUCGUCCAGCUGCCUGUCUCGCGAGACUGGAACGACAAGGUCCUGGGCAUCGGCGGGGGCGGAUGGCGCGCAGGCAACAUCGCCGACCUGGCCUACGCUACGGCGAAAGGCUUCGUCGGGGUAACCACGGAUGCGGGCCACUCGUUGGACUCCCAGCCCGUGGCGGACUGGGCGCUCACGGACGACGGCACGAGCGUGAACUGGCACCUGUUGCAAGACUUUGCAGGCAUAGCACUGCAUGACGCUGGCAAGCUGGGCAAGAAGGCCGCCGCCGCGUUCUAUGGCUCAGGUGUCCAGAAAUCUUAUUUCACGGGCUGCUCGACAGGAGGACGCCAAGGCCACAUGCUGGCGCAGAAGUUCCCCGACGUCUAUGAUGGCAUCCUCGCCACUGCCCCAGCUAUCAAUUGGGACAGAUUCCUUCCGGGGAUGUACUGGCCUUUUAUCGUGAUGAAGGAGAUUGGUUACUUCCCUCCGCCGUGCGAGUUGGACGCAAUCACUAAGGCGGCUGUCUCGUUCUGCGACGGUAUCGACGGCGUCACAGACACCAUUACGGUCGACCACGACAAAUGCUCGUUCGAUCCAGAGUCAAUUGUCGGUCAAGAGGUGGUUUGUCCGGAUUUAGGCGACCGGACAAUUACCAUUUCCCGAGAAGCCGCCAAGAUCGCCUCGGCAAUUUGGGAUGGACCCCGGAAACCCACCACCACUCACGAUGAAAGCAGCGCCGGCAGCAACAACAAAAAACUCUGGCACGGCCUCAGCAAGACGGCCAGCCUCCUCUUUGUGGCUGGGACCGAGUGCCAGGCCAACAGCACCUGCUCGCCCGCGGGAUUCCACAUCACUAUCGACUGGCUCCGGACGUUCCUUUCGGCAGACAAGUCCCUAGACCCUGCGACGCUGACCUGGGCCGAGUACACAGACCUCUUUGAGGUAUCCACUAGCCAAUUCGAAUCGGUGAUAGGCACGUCGGACGCGAACCUCGAGCGAUUCGCUCAGCGCGGCGGCAAGCUGCUCACCUGGCACGGGCUGGUGGACCAGCUGAUCCCGCCGCUGGGCACGCGAGACUACUACGAACGGGUAGUUGCAUCCGCGCAAGACCAGAGCGCGGCCGGCGGCGGCAGCGCUGCGCACGCGACAACGGCGGACUACUUCCGGUACUUUGAAGCCCCCGGGGUUGAGCACUGCGCGGGAGGCGAAGGGUGGUUCCCCGGCGGCGCGCUGGACGCGCUGAUUGACUGGGUCGAGCACGACAGAGCGCCGGAGACGCUGUACGCUGAGAACUCGUUCGCUAGCGCGAGUCCGCCGGGGAGUCGGGCAGUCAAUUUGUGCCUGUAUCCUAAGAAGCUGCGGUACUUGGGUGGAAACGCAGAUCAAGCUGAGGCCUGGGGAUGCGGGGACAGCGAGCCUGCAACUCAGGACGGAGAUUCGGACAGGCCAAUUCCGUCGAGAGAUGAGCUGUGA